GUGAAGAUGAAAGAAACUGAAACAGCAAUAGACCCUCAGAAAUAUCCACCACAAACUCAGAUUUGGGAAGAGAAAGAGAUAAAAUCCCAUAACCAUAAUAUCCAUGGCCCUUCAUUUACUUCACUCAAAAAAUAAGCACUCAAAACAUCACAAAACACCAAUUCCAAUUGUUUCUGUAUUGAAUUAUUGAAAUUAUUGAACCAGAUUAUUUAGAUUAUAAAGCUGCUGAUUUCUUGGGGUUUUUUGAGGCCAUAAAUAUUUUUGGAAUUAAUGGCUUCUCUGACUUCGAUCACACUGCACCAAUCUUCUUCUUCCCCAUUGGGAUCAUUGGCUUCAAAGCAUUGUCACCAUAACCAGAAUUCCUGCUGGCAUACAGCCGUCGGAUCAGUCAGAUCAUCAUCAUCAGCAUCCACAAGGCAACAGUUUUCAUCACAAGGCCUCAGAAUCCGCAGUGCAGCGACAAAACAAGCCAAAACGCCAGCUGAAGAGGACUGGAAGACUAAGAGGGAACUUCUCCUACAGAAAAAGGUGAGGAGUGUGGAUGUGAAAGAAGCUCUGAGGCUUCAAAAGGAAAACAACUUUGUGAUUCUUGACGUGCGGCCUGAAGCGGAAUUCAGAGAGGCUCAUCCGGCGGGGGCGAUCAACGUGCAAAUAUACAGGCUUAUAAAGGAGUGGACAGCAUGGGACAUUGCCCGCCGUGCUGCUUUUGCAUUUUUCGGCAUCUUUGCGGGCACAGAAGAGAACCCUGAGUUCAUGUCAAGUGUGGAAUCGCAGCUAGAUAAGAAGGCAAAGAUAAUAGUGGCUUGCGCCGCCGGAGGUACGAUGAAACCGACCCAAAAUCUCCCGGAAGGUCAACAGUCAAGAUCACUGAUAGCAGCCUACUUGCUCGUCCUCAACGGUUACACGAAUGUCUUCCACUUAGACGGCGGACUUUACGCGUGGUUUAAGGAGGAGCUGCCAUCGGUUGCGGAAGAAGAAGAGUGAAGUGCCGGUGGUGGUGGCGGUACGAAAGAAAGAUGCUUCAACGGAGCAAAGUUUUGUUCAUAAACGAAUGACUGCGUGCGUGUGUGCCAAUGAUUUCUCGGAUGCAAAUUGAACGUUCUUGUAAUGAAACUACCAACAAUGCGUUGGUAUUGCAUCGAAAUAUAACAACGAAAUCGGAAAAAUCCA